AAUUUUCUUUAGAUUGGUUGUCAUGGAACCAUUUGUAACUUAAUUUCUGCUGAUGAUUUUAAUGGGUUUUUAAGCCAAGUCUAUCCCCACAGCAAAAUGUUUGCUCUCUGAAAGUUUUAUCCUGUUUCUUUCUGGUGCAGAGCCCAAGACAAGCAAACAUAGGUGCUGGCUAUGUAUGCAUGGCUGGCUCAUUUAGAAGGUCACAGUAAACAGGAGAAGAUGUGCUGCACGUGUGCUGGUGGCAUUAUGGGAAGGAGCUGCAAUGUGUUCAUGCUGCUAACAGGGGAGGAAGGGCAUGGCCUGUUGUUUAGGGCAGGAUCAAGGAGUUGUUGGCGGUGAUGUUUUGCUGCAGACAGUCAAUGUGAACUGCAGUUUCCUCCCCCUGUGACAAAUCUCAGCCAGCUCAGUAAGCUGAAUGCUGCUGCAGAGCUCAUCAAGUCUGGCUGUUCAUUCACACAGGGUGAAAGUUGCCCCUCUGUGACAAUGUGAAGAACGCAGUCGCUGUGGGCAGCAGCUCCACACCCACCGUGGGGCUCAGAAAUGCCUCAUUAGCAAAUGAGUCUUUAAAUGAGUUGGUUUCCAUUUGACUUUUUGAACUGUACCAAGUUGGAUAGUAUAGAUGCUGGCGUGAUAAAUGCUAGCACAUAAAUACCAAGCACCCGUUAGGAAAGUAUAAAAAUGAGCUAUCCAGCUGCCAAUAACCUAUGAUUAAAAGUAUUUUUAAAUUCCUUUCCCCUCUGGCGUGCUAUAUAUAAAUUUUACAUUAACUGUGACUUUGUAUUCAUUAAAACUUCAUCAUAUUGCUCUUUAAUUCAUGCAAAAUGUCUGUUUACAAAGCCCACAGACCCUUAUUAAUAAGUAAUUUGGGGAUAUUUCAUUAAUUAAAGAUAGUUUAGAAGCACAGAUAUGCUAAAAACAUAUACAGUGCCUACAGGCUGGUUUUUUUUUUUAAUCCUAUAUCAUACUGGAAAAAUUAUAGGAAGCUUUAACAGAUCUCAUUUGAUCUCCUGCAAAUGUCAGACUGUACAAAGGUGUUCCCAGACUGUAUUAACAGGGGAAAAAAAGUGUGUGUGUGUGUGUGUGUGUGUGUGUAGGUCUGUGUGCUGGAAAUGACCUGCUAGCUGUAAAGCCUUGACAGGUGAUACAAAUUCUAUGCCCUGCUGACAGUGACCUCUGAGUGCCUCACCUGGUUUUAAAGCACUGAGUUUCAGAAGUGCUGGGGGCACAGCUGAUGGAGAUGAGGGGUGAGCUGUUCCUUGAGGGAGGUGGAGGCAGAGCUGCUGUUGUUCAGGCUUCCUGAGGCUGGCUCCUGCUGUCCUCCAAACAGCCAAUGUACACCAAAGGUAAGCAAAGAGAAAUGCAAGUGACCUGUUUCUUUAGGUACUGCAACACAGCUCUGUCCAGAUGGGGGGUAGUUCAGAAUGCCUGGAAAGGUGGGGGCAGCUCACCAGCUGGCAAUAAGGAGCAGAGAAGGUAGUAUCCUGCUGCCCAUCUACAGCUAUAAGCUAGCUGUGCUCUCUUCAGAGCCUGCAUGUAAGGAAGUAGUGAUCAAACAUAGGGAAAUAGGGGGCAAAUGCUGUUUCAAGAGGAUUCUUGUGAGCUCAGGUCUUCUGUCCCAAGAUCUGCUGCCUUUGGGCUGCCAUUGUGUAACCAGUGGCCCCCGGUUAUGCGUGCUGCCUAUUCUCAAUCUGGGGUUUGCAGUGCUUUGCUUGGAAAAUACAGAUACUUGUGGCACGUGUGGGAUGCAGAGAGCUCACUGCAGAUCACUGUAAGCCUCUGGCAUAAGUGUUCAACAGGGGGAACUUCAGAGCAGCAGUAUCACAGCUGGGGGCGUUUCUCAGGCGGUCUUCUGCAAAUCUGAGAGCACCUCCAUAGAACUCUAUAGCCCCAUCCAUUUGUCCUUGGCUCACAGUUUUAUUGCUGCCAUCAUAAACGUGCUGUUGUCAGCUCCUCUCAAAGCAGGUACUUUCCCUCUCACUGCCUUCUGGUUUCAGUUAAUUUCCAUGGUUAGCAGUGGUUCCAAAGAAAAUGAGCAGGCAGGCCACUGCCCAAGCGGGAUGGAGCUGAUAGAAGUUAUGUGCAAAAGAGAAAUUGGUUGUGUGAAUUACAAAGUCGGUGAUUUUAAAGGCAAAGUGGUGGAGAGCCGAGGAGGGAUCAUGGACAGCGUACAGAGAUUCUCAAACCUGCCAACGUACCUCCCUGCCAGCUAUCACAUCUGCAACGCUGAUGUUUUCUUCUUCCUUAAGGAAACCAACCAGGACAUCACGAGGAACUCCAGUUUGCAGUCCAGGGUGGAUUCAUUCCUUAUAUACAAAUCCAAACUGCCGCCUGUCCUAAAUGCCACGUACGGACCCUUUUCUGUGGAGCAGGCUGUUCCUUUAGACCUCAUGCUGUCUUCUACAUCUUUUGGUUUCACAAAUGAAUUCACUUUCAAUUGGAAAUUAAAAUCGCACAUAAUAGACAGCUCGAUUUAUUCCAACAAACCUAAAAUACAAACCUUGUUCUAUAUUGCGGGGAAAGACUGGGACGACUAUGACCCUGAGGAGAGGUUGCCUUGCGUGAAGAUGUUUGCUUUCCUGGAAUCUAGAGGAGUGGUGGCCAGCUGCAGGUUGACAGGCCAACUGGGAUUAUGCGUUGCAGAGCUGGAGUUAUCUCCCAGCUGGUUCAGCUCCCCUCCACCCCUGGUGUCAGAGGAUACAGCUCCCCUGGAAGGGAUUACUGUGGAGCUCUUCUAUAAGAUUGAUACAGCAGAUGGGGAAUGUUCUCCAGAGGAUGAAAAGUGGGAGAACAAUAUUCACGCGGAUCAAGAUAACGCACGGAAGGCUUUGCCAGCUAUGGAGAGGAUUGGUAGCAUUGUUGUUUACCCAAAUCAAGACACAUUAAAACAGUCUGCACUGAGGCUAGAUGAGAAUGUCGUAAUCCGCUUGCCACUCAGCCCGGUCAAAGAAGGGGACGUUGUGACCUUCCAUGUCUCCCUGGCAGAUGACUCUCUGGCAGACCAGUUUGUAUUAAGAAUUAAGACUGCCCCAGGUGUGAAGAUCUUGGACGUCAGAGUCAGUGAUGCGGACCAGUGGGGAGUUCAAGAGGAGACUGACAGCGCCAGGACCACUGCCACGAUCACCUGCAUGCACAAUGACCCGGACCCUGAAAGCAGAGCAAACAUCACCUCCUAUGAGAUCCUGCAGAUGGACUUUGAGAUCGACAACACCAGCAGCCUGGCGGGGGCCCAGCAGAUCACCUGGCAGGUGGAAUACCCUCGAGAUGAUUCUCUGAGCGAGCUGGUGGUCUCUGAGAUCUUUGUCAGCAGAACGAUGUUUGCUGGAAUUGUUCCUCUUGCCAUGGACACAGAAGUCCUUAACACGGCCAUCCUGACGGGCAAAACGGUGUCAGUUCCAGUCAAGGUUGUUGCGGUGCAGGAGGAUGGGUCGGUGGUCGAUGUGUCAGAGUCCACUGAGUGCAAAUCAGCUGAUGAAGACGUCAUAAAGGUUUCUGACAGAUGUGACUCCAUCUUCGUUAAUGGCAAGGAAAUGAAAAGCAAAGUGGAUACUAUUGUUAACUUCACUUAUGAGCAUUUUACCACCCAAUUAGAAGUGACGGUCUGGGUUCCACGGCUGCCGCUGCAGAUAGAGAUCUCUGACACAGAGCUCAGCCAGAUCAAAGGCUGGAGGAUACCCGUCACCUCCAAUAAGAGGCCUACCCGUGACAGUGAGGAUGAAGAAGAUGAUGAGAAAAAAGGAAGAGGUUGCACUCUUCAGUAUCAGCAUGCCAUGGUGCGAGUCCUCACACAGUUUGUAGCCGAAUCCUCUGAGUUUGGAGGCUACCUGACCUAUAUGCUAGGCUCUGAGUGGCAGUUUGACAUCACUGACCUUGUGACUGAUUUCAUGAAGGUGGAAGAUCCCAGGAUUGCUAAGCUUCAAGAUGGCCGAGUUCUGGUGGGUCGGGAGCAUGGCAUCACCACGGUCCAGGUUCUGUCACCUCUUUCUGAUUCCAUCUUGGCAGAGAAGACAGUGGUAGUUCUAGAUGACCGUGUAACUAUUACAGAUCUAGGAGUACAACUAGUUUCAGGCUUGUCCCUCUCCUUACAAACCAGCAAAGGAAAUAAGAGAGCUAUUGUGUCCACCACCUCUGCGUACGAUAUCCUUCAUACACCAAAACAGGAAGCCAUAGUCAGUGCUUGGAUUUUGUUCAGUGAUGGGUCAGUGACACCAUUAGAUAUUUAUGACUCUAAGGAUUUCUCAAUCACCAUCACUUCACUGGAUGAGAUGGUAGUAUCUGUACACCAGAAUCUUCAGUCAAAAUGGCCUGGGGUGGUGGCAGAAGGGGAUGGUCAAGGACCUCUAAUUAAAAUUGAAAUGGUCAUCAGUGAACCAUGUCAGAAGACAAAGCGAAAGAGCAUUCUGGCUGUUGGAAAGGGAAGCGUCAAAGUGAAGUUUGGUCAAAAAGAUUCUGAUCAAAAAGAAAGCACCAAUGACAUUGAUGAUACAGAUAAAGAUUUUAAAAGCCAUGCAAGCAAUUCCAUAGAAAAAACUGCAGAACAAGAGAGGACAGCACAAGAAUGGUCCAAAAAUGGAGUCCUUAGUAAUCAUGAGGACAAUGCAAACAAAAGCACAACUUUCCUAUCUCCCAUUGAUCAGGAGUCCCUGGAGGAUGACCAGCUCCAAAAUAACCCAACUGCCUUCACGGGUUUUCCUGCCCAAGUAGAAAUACCAGGAGAGAACAAUCCCAGUGAUCUCACAUUGACUUCAAGAGGAUUAACAGAUUUAGAGAUCGGCAUGUAUGCCCUGCUGUGUGUUUUCUGCUUAGCAAUCUUGGUCUUUUUGAUUAACUGUGUGGCAUUUGCUUGGAAAUACAGGCAUAAAAGGUUUGCUGUGAGUGAGCAAGGCAACAUCCCCCAUUCCCAUGAUUGGGUCUGGCUUGGAAAUGAGGUUGAACUGCUGGAGAACCCAGUUGACAUUUCACUCCCAUCAGAGGAGUGCACAACCAUGAUUGACAGAGGAAUGCAGUUUGAAGAAAGCAACUUUCUCCUUAAUGGGAGUUCUCAGAAGACUCUUCAUAAUCACAUCCUCAGAUCUUCUGAGUACCUUUGUGAAAAAGAAGUUAAAAGUGAACCUAUAAAUCCUUCUGGGCCAAAGCAGAAGCGAGUGAAGUUCACUUCCUACACAACAAUACUGCCGGAGGAUGGAGGCCCCUACACCAACUCAAUUCUAUUUGACAGUGAUGAUAAUAUUAAAUGGGUAUGCCAAGAUAUGAAUCUUGGUGAUUCCAAGGAACUUAGGGACUAUAUGGAAAGACUGCAAGACAAUAUGUAAAACUACUUUCUUAUGUUUGUAAUCACCUUUAUGCCUUCUGUUUAUGGAUGGUGGAGCGGUCAGUCCAGUCAGCAAUAGGAACAAGACAGUUCAACCUCGGAGUUACUGAGAUGAUAAUCUGGCAUCACUGAGCAGGUACAAGAGGCUGGCUGAGUUAAACCUGUUUCACCACAAACCAGGAUGUGCCCCUAAAGCAGCUACCUGUAGGUGUUGAAGGUGUCACACACGAUGGCUGUUUUUGUAUACUGCCUGGUACUAGCAAAAUGCUAAUACAACUGCGCUCAGACUCAGAGGAGACUUCAUUUGUUUGUCAUUUCUCAUGAUAAAUGGUAAAUCAGAAAAGAAAGGGAUCUUUGUUUGCAUUGAUUUUUCUAGUCGUCAUUCUUUGUAAAGCACAGCGGACAUUUCUUGCUUACAGCCUGAAACAUGGCUUAUAUUAAAAGGGAUAUGAAUGAAUCUUAUCUUAUUGCCUACGUGCAAUGCAGCCAAGUAGUCUUACUGUUUUUUACACAUACAAAAAACCCCAUGUGGUUAAUUUCCUUUUGUACUGUUUAUGAAUUUUAUUUGACUUAGGGAACAUUAUUUCCAUUGAUCUUUUUUGUUUCUGUUGUACCAAAGUGAAGUACAGUAAUAUUUAUAACAAUUUAGGUUUUCCAUUCAUUGGCAUCAGCUCCUAGAGAUACCUCCUUCAUCACUGAUUAUCUUCCUUCUUUCCAUGUCAGUAUAUGGGUCAUUAGAAACAUAGAAAGGUGUUAGAACUCUUACUGGGAAAGGGUUUUAUCUUACAGGGAACUGUAAAUACAAUAAUAAAUAACCCUGGAAUAUGAAAAUCAAGGAGCAACUCCGGGUUUACUUUUGUCACUGCUUACAUGAAAAGGUAACCUGCAAACAAACAGCACAUACUUCAAAGGAAAACACAGCAGCUUCGUUGACAAUACACAUUAUCAGAGGGAGAAAGCCAAAUAUGGUACUGAAAUGCAUAGAAUAGGAAGGAGCAAAUAGCAAAGAAGCAAAAGCUUGGAGUCAGUGUUACACAUUAUUAAUAAAUUAAUGCACUGAUGGUAGAGUUUAGCAGGACAUCCGAUUAUGCUCCAGACACCCACUAAGCCAUCACUGACCAUAAGGCUGCUAAGAAGAAAACACACAACCAACCUACAUUAAGUCAUUUUUCAUUAAAAAGGGAGCAGGAAAGAAAAGGCCCACUGGGCACAUUAUGAAGUGAUUAUUUGCUGUUGUAACAAGGAACACAUGCUGAAGGUUCAAAGCUGCCCUUGCACAGGUAUUAUGUGGAUAUUUGUGUGGAAGAAUAACUGAAAUAUGUUGAAAAUUACAUUUAGAAAAAAGCUGAAAAAACCAACACACAAUAAAGCACAGGUUCUUCUGAUGGAUAAGAUCCAAACUAUGACAGCCUUACAUACAGCUGCUCCCACAUUUUGAGAUAAAACCUUAAUUUUAUGAUUCUGUUCUUAUAUUAGAACAGACCAGAUAACCUUUACUCUGGCAAAUUAUGCAUUUGGAUCCUAAUCCACCAUUGGGAACAUGUUUAGUAUAACUACUGCAGAAUACUAGAAUUUAGAUAGUGAGGCUACAAAGCAAAAUGAGGACACCAAGCUUGUGAAAGUGAUUAAAGACUUUUGCUUGCUGGUGUUGAACUGCAUAGUCAGGGAAAAGCAUCUGUUAUAAUCCAAUUUUAAGCAGAUAAAGUACCAAACCACCACGAUGCUUCCAUUUGAUAAGGGAUGCAGUACUUGUACUGAAGUGAAAUCUCAGAAUGUCUAACAAAUGUUUCCCUCCUCUUUAAAUGCUCCAGAUCUCACGAGGAACCAUUAAUUCCUUCUAUGAUCCUUGUUAAUAAGAACAGGAAAAAGAUUUAGCAUCUCUUCCCAACAUGCUCUUAUCUGAGGGCGCCUCACAGUGAUUAACCUUGUCCUGAUACCCAGCCUGGUCCUCCCCUGUAUAAAUCCAUCACCAAUAAACCUAAACUAGACAUGAGACAGCACGGCGAUGGUACCUGAGCAGGACAAACAGCAUUGCUGUUUCCAUGAAUGCAUACCCAGCAGCUUACAGUGCAACCAGGAUCUUGUAUGCACUGUACUCAGCUCUGUAACCAACUUCAUGGUGGCCGCAGUUCUGCCAACUGCAUCAGCAGAUGCUGAAUUCUGGCCCUGUGAUAUAGGACUCCAACUCCAGUCACUAUGGCACACUGAAUGGAGAGACCUACAGCUGUGCUCAUUUGCUCUUCUGAAUCUUUGCUAUGUAACAGAAAUCAACAGCCGCUUCUAAACGGGAAGGAAAAGAAUUUAGGUGAAUAUAGUAGGUAUGAAGCACAGUCCUGCAUUGAAGUGCAGUACUUUUAAAAUGAAAUGUCUCAUGUUUUACUAUCAAAAUAACAUGCUUUGAAUGUAAAUUUAAUUUAAAAUAAUCCAAAACAAGUGAAACCAUUUUCAGAUGCACCUAUUCCUUUUUUUUUUUCCCAGGGAAUCCAAGCUCUUCGUUAUUUAAAAAAGGAAUGAAAAAAAUAUUUUAUUCAUGGAAUAUAUCAUAUUCUGCUGUGAAAUGAACAGCAUCUGUAGGUUAAUGAAAGAGUCUCUGGUUUUGAGAUUAUUGAGCUGAGGAAGUCAGGUGAUUAAAAGGCAUGAUAUGUAAGCAUGCAAGAAACUAGAAUUGUCUAGAAAAGAAAACAAACUCUGCAGAUUAAUUAGAACUGCGCUUCAGUAGGUGCCCAGGGAAGCAACACCUGUAAUCUAAUGCUGAAUAAAGAGAACAUCUUAUUUAUAGCAUAAAGAGAGAAGGCACAGUAGGUGAGUUUCUUUGCCUGAUAUCUAGAAAAGACAAUAUGUAGUAUCAGUGCAUAAAGAAGGAACAACUCAACAAGCAAAGAGAGGGUUAAUGAAAAAUAGGGAGUUUGUGAACUGUAAAAACAGAGCUGAUGCCAGACCCUCAGCUCUUGUAAAUCAGAGCUGAGGCAGUGAUGCCAGCUGAAGAGCUGGCAUUCAGAGAACACUGAAGAGCUAGUGGUUUUCAUCUGUUUGGAACUUCCUUCAUUCGAACAUCACACACAGCCUAGCUCCAUGUGGCUCGUCUAUGCAUUCUUUCUCAUUUAAUAAGAAUUAAGGAAACGAGUGCCCUGCUCUCCUCUUGAUGUAGAACCACACAGAGUAAUGUUUUGAGCUGCUGUUUCUUAAUUCAUACUGGGGAAUGUACAAGAAAAUCCUACAGCCAUAUGACACAGUACAAACAGUCCAUGGUAGAAUGGAAAAAAAAACAAAAACUGUAUUUCAAGGUAGAGUGCCCUAUGAAUGAAAUACCAUUUUUUCAUAGAGGAAAUGCUCUUUUCUGAAAUAUAUCAUGUGCACUACAUUGAAAUACACUAUAGUGUAUUGUGAAAUGCAUACAUUAACUGCUGAAUCUAUAACACUGAAUAUGUAUAUACAUCACACCCAAGAUGUUUAUACGAUAUAAUAAGUCUUAGAUGUAUAACAUAAUGAAUUCUGUACAAAAUAAACUGUAAGUUAAGACAAUGAAAGACAACUUUUAUAUCUGUGUAAUUUGUAUGCUAAGUUAUUCAAGCCUCAGUUUUCAUCUUUAAAUGUGCCCUUAAAACAACCACGUUGAUUUUCUAUAGGCAGAUGUCUGAAAUAAAGACUUCACUCUUCAGAAAAGAAGCAAUUGAAA